AUGACUCACAAAAUUUACGCCUCCCCUCGCCGGAUAUUCACAUUUCCGGCGGUUCAUCCCUGCGAUGCCGUUGCUCCGGCGACGCUUCUCGCCUCUCUCGUCAAUCUUGCUACCACCAUUUGCGGAUACAAGUCCAAAUUAUUUGCUGCCAAUAAGCGGAACACACGAGAAUUGAUUCGCCAAAUAGGAAUUCUUCUGGUUUUCUUGGAGGAAAUCCUGGACCGGCGGCUGGAUCUUCCGGCGUCGGCUGUUCUCAGCUUCUCGGAGCUCCAUGUGACGCUCCAGAAGAUCGUGUACUUGUUGGAAGAUUGCUCGUUCGGCGGUGCCCGGUUGUUGAUGCUGAUGAAAUCGGAGAGGGUUUCGAAUCAUCUUAGGAUUUUGAUUAGGGCUACUGCGACCGCUCUAGAUGUGCUUCCUUUGGAGUUGAUCGAUGUGUCUGAUGAAGUUAAAGAAUCGGUUGAGUUGACGAUGAGGCAAGCACGGAGGGUGAGAUUCGAGGUUGAAGCCGAUGAUGAACGGGCUUCUAAGGAUGUUCUUUUGAUAUUGGACGGAUUCGAAGAUGGAGUUGUUCCUGAUAGUGGUGAUAUCAGAAGAGUUCUUGAUUAUGUUGGGAUUCGAAGUUGGAGUGAGUGUAACAAGGAGGUUAAGUUCUUGGAUACAGAGCUUGGGUUAGAGUGGUCGAAUAUGGAAAAGAGGGAGGUUGCUUUUCUUAGCAGUCUAAUGGCGUUUAUGAGCUACUGUCGCUUUGCAUUGUUCGAUGUUGUGGAUGGCGAAGCCGGGCAACAAUUGGAUAAGGGAUGCAGCAGUGACGUGCUUAAUUGCCUUAACCCCGAUGAUUUUCGAUGUCCUAUCACUCUUGAGUUGAUGACUGAUCCAGUGACGAUAGAGACAGGGCAUACCUACGAGCGAUCUUCCAUUCUGAAAUGGUUCGGAGCAGGAAAUCCCAUCUGUCCCAAGACAGGUGAGAAGGUUGUGAGCAUGGAUGUAGUCCCCAAUAUGGCUCUCCAGAGGCUUAUCCAGCAGUAUUGUUCUGCUAAUGGUAUUCCAAUUUCUGAGCUGGGUCAUAGGAAUCAUGAUAUUACAAGGACGGUUCUAGCGGGUAGUUUAGCAGCUGAGGGAGCCAUGAAAGUGAUGGCCAAUUUUCUUGCUGGCAGGCUUGCGGCUGGAACUAGUGGAGAGAGGAAUAAAGCUGCUUACGAAAUUCGUUUACUUGCUAAAACAAACAUUUUCAAUAGGUACUGCUUGGCGGAAGCAGGGACAAUCCCACGUCUAUUGCAUCUGCUUUCUUCUGGAGAUUCAUCCAGCCAACAUAAUGCCAUUGCAGCCCUCUUAAACCUUUCAAAGUAUUCGAAAAGCAAAACAAUCAUGGCUGAGAAUGGGGGCUUGGAAUUGAUUGUAGGUGUUCUAAGGAAGGGACUAAAGAUAGAGGUUCGAGAGCUUGCAGCUGCUACACUAUAUUACCUUGCUUCAGUGGAGGAGUACAGGAAAUUAAUUGGGGAAAUUCCAGAGGCUUUUCCAGCUCUGCUGGAGCUCAUCAAGACCAGGACCGAUCGGGGCAAGAAGAAUGCAUUGGUUGCUAUCUUUGGGCUCCUUACGUUCCCUGACAACCAUUGGAGGGUGCUUGCAUCAGGAGCAGUCCCCUUACUGGUCAAUCUUUUGACAUCUUCUGAGAGGGAAGAUCUGGUAACGGCUUCUCUAGCAGUUCUAGCAACUCUAGCAGAGAAACUAGAUGGAACAAUUACAAUCCUAGGAACGGGAGCUUUACAUCUCAUCUUGCAGAUUCUAAAUUCGUCCCCUUCAAGGCCAGGGAUAGAGUAUUGUGUUUCACUGUUGUUGGCUCUGUGCAUCAAUGGUGGGAAAGAAGUGGUUUCUGUUUUAGUAAAAAACCCUUCUCUCAUGGGAUCAUUAUAUUCCCUUCUCACCGAAGACAACUCCCGAGCAAGUAAGAAGGCCAGGUCGCUCAUCAGGGUCCUCCAUGAAUUCUGUGAAAGACGAGCCUCUGGCUUGGUGACUCCAGCAUUUCCAGAAGAAAGAUAUGUUGACGUAUGGUAA